AUGGAAACCCAGUCCGGGGAUUUACCCUCAACUUCCCCCGGCCCGGUCGACCUCCCCAAUGGCAAACGACGCUGGCGGCGCAAUCGAGUCGCCUGUGAUUCGUGUCACACUCGCCGCGUGCGCUGCGAUCGCGCCUUUCCCUGCUCGCGCUGUCUGCGUAGCGACACCCACUGCGAAUUCACGCGCGAGCGUCGGAAGCGAGGACGCAUUGCGCGCUCCAAGAUGGAGACCGGGCCGACCGAGGCAACCGACUCGACUCUGACCUACGGAAAGAAAUCCAAUGGAGACCACAAGGUCACCCAGCCAGCAUUGUCCCCAUUGCAGCAGUGUUCGCCUGGAUCUGCUUUCCACCAUCGCUCGCCCACAACCAACGAAAUCAGCGUGUCGGUGCCUAGUGUUAGCCCGCAUUCGCUCGGAGAUGGCUCGGGCUCUCGCCCGCAGCGAGUCGGUCCUGAAGGUAAUGCGACAGAGGAGUGGUUAUCGGCGGCGCAUCUCUCCCCGGAGUCGCAUGAGAUACUGGGAGGGCUGAAUGGAUCUCACGAUCCAAUGCCACGAUUGGCGGACAUCUGGAAUCCAGUUGACCUUACUGGGCAUCAUCAACGGACCCCACAAAUCACCUCAUCGAUCUCCACACAUAAAUUACCAGGUCAAAGACAAGCAUCGGUGGCACGGACAGGCUUGAAAUACCCUGUACUGGAGCCAGUCAUGCCCUUCUUGGAGACCAAUUUACCGCGCCGCCUGGUAUGCGAUCUGCUUGAGCUCUAUUUCACCAGUGCAUUUUCCACACACAUGCACCCUGUCUGCCACCACAUCCAUUGCUACGUCUUACGAAAAGCUUCAUUUCUGAGCAUGGACUCCCCGAGACCCAGUAGCCCUGCAUUGCUGGCCAGUAUGUUGUGGGUGGCUGCGGUGGAUGACAGAGCCUUUUCACUCUCCAUCUCACCGCUGCAGCGCCGGAAGAUUUGUCAAUUUCUAUGCGCAUUGACCAUUCGCCUACUCCGACCGCUAAUCCACGUUUCCUUCAAAGAUCAGGAGCACGCUGAAGGCACUGGGGGGCCACAGGACUUUACCGCAGCCGCGGCCCAUCAUCCCUUUGAAGGCGUGGGUGACGACAAAGGGUUGGUAGGCCCCGCUGGAUCCCUCGAUGAUAUCAUUACAUACAUUCACGUUGCAUCUAUUAUCUCGUCAAGUGAGCAAAAGGCUGCCAGUAUGCGAUGGUGGCACGCAGCCUUCACCCUAGCCCGAGAGCUCAAACUGAACCAGGAAAUCGAAGUAAACACGAAUAUCAAUGCACAGUCAGAUGGUUCAAGCCCAGCGUUUGGUUACUUGGCUGGUUGGGCGAGCUCACCCGAUGAGACUGCCUUUGACUACUCGAAUCCAUCCCGGCCGAGCUUGAACUGUGUCUGUGAAGAAAAACCCAGCUCACAUAAUAGUCUCGCUGUGACGGAGGAGCACAGGGAGGAGCGCCGCCGAACGUGGUGGCUAUUGUAUAUCAUGGAUCGUCAUCUCGCUCUAUGCUACAACCGACCACUCGCGCUUCUCGACGCCGAGAGUGAAGACCUACUCCUUCCGCUGGAUGAGAGCUCCUGGCAAUCCGGGAACAUUCAUAGCAACAGCCCCCGGGUUGAUGGUCCGCAGUGUUUACGGUCUGGUGAUCGGAAUAAGCGGCGUGUGUUUCCCAACUUUGUCUGUCAUGAUCACUCGAUUCUGGGGUUCUUCCUGCCGCUCAUGACCAUCACUGGCGAAUUGAUUGAUCUCAACCAGGCGCGAAAUCACCCGACGCUGGGGAUUCGAUUACAAGGAAAGGAGGUUUGGGAAGUGCACGUGGCCGAGGUGUUACGACAGCUCGAGGUGUACAAAGCAAGUCUUGCAACAUUUGCUGUAGCUACAGCCGCGGAUCCGGAAGCUUCGCUCUCGACGGCGUACGCCGUGAAACCAGACCAGCCCGUCGAUGCACAAACCUCCGAAGCCUACUCGUGGCAUACGCAAACUGUUAUUGCCUAUUCUUCUUACCUGGUUCAUGUACUCCACAUCCUCCUUGUCGGUAAAUGGGAUCCGGUCUCGUUGAUCGAGGACAAGGACUUUUGGACGUCCUCCCCGGCUUUCGCAUCCACCAUAUCGCACGCACUCGAAGCGGCCGACUCGGUGCAGCAAAUACUCCGAUUUGACCCCGAUAUCAGUUUUAUGCCCUACUUCUUUGGUAUUCAGUUACUGCAGGGCAGCUUCCUCCUCCUUCUCAUCGUCGAACGCCUCCAAAAAGAAGCGGGCGAGGGAAUCCUUAACGCUUGUGAGACCAUGAUCCGAGCGACCGAGUCCUGCGUAGUGACCCUCAACACGGAGUAUCAGCGAAGUUUCCGUCAGGUGAUGCGCAGUGCCGUCGCUCAGGCUCGAGGUCGCCCGGUGAACCCCAGCGAGAUUCGACAUCGGCGCAAAGCCGUCCUGGCACUCUAUCGAUGGACGCGGAAGGGGACUGGCUUGGCUCUGUGA